CGAAGAAGAAGAAGCUGACAGCGGCUACAUUCCAGUGAUGCUAGCUACCUGCUGCAACAAGCCCCUGAACACUACUGCACUGUAAUGUUACUCGCUGUGGUUUUUAAUCGUUUCUGUCGAGCUGUUUUCCUUCAGCUUGUGUUCGUAUUUUAAUAACCAUAAUCUUCAUUGACUCUGGUUGAAACAAAGAAGUCUGAAUUGACACUGCGGAGUGACAGCCGUCUUAAUUUUUAAAGCCGACGUUAGCCCGAGCUUUACGUAGCUUAAUUAUGAUAGUUAGCAAAGACGCUAGCUAACGUUAGUUUGUUUGGCUAACGGUCUGUUAAACCUGUUAGACGGCGGUUUGGCUGUCUGAAGCUCAUGGCGCUGAACAGCUAACUUGUGCAAAAUGUAUUGUGUCUUGCUGGAAGUGAGUCAACACAGAUAAGUUGUUUCAGCAGCUGAACUAGUUGCUCCUCUGCCGGAUUAGUUGUUAGCCAUUAGCGCUGUUCAGUUGUAUCUGCGGUAUGGUUCACCUGGUCGUUUGAUGGGGCUUUUAAGGAUCAUGAUGCCGCACAGGAUUCAGCUUUUGGCUGUUUUGGCGUUUGGAGUGUCGAUGCUGUUCAUUGAGAACCAGAUCCAGAAACUGGAGGAGUCGAGAGCCAAACUCGAACGCACCAUUGCCAGACACCAGGUUGCUGAAGUAGAGCAGCGCCACAAUGAAGAUACUGGUCGGGAAUCAUCGCCGCCGGCAGACAAAGACGACAUGGUCAUCAUCUACAACAGAGUCCCCAAGACGGCCAGCACGUCAUUCACUAACAUCGCCUACGACCUGUGUGGGAAGAAUCGCUUCCACGUCCUGCACAUCAAUACAACCAAAAACAAUCCUGUCAUGUCUCUGCAAGACCAGGUGCGCUUUGUCAGGAACGUCUCCUCGUGGAGGGAGAUGAAGCCCGGCUUCUACCACGGCCACGUGGCUUAUCUGGACUUCUCAAAAUACGGGGUGAAGGGCAAGCCGAUGUACAUAAAUGUUGUGCGGGACCCCAUAGAGCGCCUGGUGUCCUACUACUACUUCCUGCGCUUCGGAGACGACUACAGACCAGGUCUACGACGAAGGAAACAAGGCGACAAAAAGACCUUUGAUGAGUGUGUUUCGUCAGGAGGGUCUGACUGCGCUCCAGAGAAACUCUGGCUGCAGAUCCCUUUCUUCUGCGGCCACCAUUCAGAGUGCUGGAAUGUGGGCAGUAAAUGGGCUCUGGAACAGGCCAAGUACAACCUGGUGAAUGAGUACCUGCUGGUGGGAGUGACGGAGGAGCUGGAGGACUUCAUCAUGAUCCUGGAGGCAGCACUGCCACGCUUCUUCAAGGGAGCCACAGAGCUCUACAGAACAGGAAAGAAGUCCCAUCUGCGAAAGACCACAGAAAAGAAACCCCCAACCAAAGAGACAAUAGCCAAGCUGCAGCAGUCCAACAUCUGGAAAAUCGAAAACGAGUUUUAUGAGUUUGCACUUGAACAGUUUCAGUUUGUCCGUGCCCACGCCGUCAGGGAAAAGGAUGGGGAACUUUACGUCCUGGCUCAGAGCUUCUUCUAUGAAAAGAUUUACCCCAAAGUGAACUGAGCGGCUGCACAGGGAAUCUGCAGAGACUCUAUUAGAAGUCAUUAACACUGGGGAGGAAAAGACACAAGUCCACCAAGUGAUGCUGCUGAAUGCUUUCUCUAGGACUUGGACUACAGUAUGGAAAAUCCCUUUCAGAUGGAACUGUGGAAUUUUCUACAAAGAAUGUGUCUAAUUUUUUUUUAUUGCUGGUGCAGCUGUUGAGAGAACUUGACACGGAUAAAGUGUCAGUCUGGACUGUGCGAAAGAAUUCAAGGCCAGGGGAGGCUGGAACAAUCACUCUCAAAACCUGAACUCAAGCAGUCCUUGAUUCAUUCGCGUCCUGUAUUUGUUUUUUUGUGUUGAUUGUCGAGAUAAAAGCAGCUAAUCUGGAGUCGUUCAUCAAGUUUAAAAGCAUAGUUUACAUGUGUCUUUCUCUUCCGUGACAGAUUUGCAAAUGAAAUGAGCUCAGAAAGAUGUCAAGCUUUUUUGUGACAUUAUCAGUUUUUGCACACUGAAGUGGUUCUUGUUUACAAGUUACAGAAGUUAAAACUGUUACAAAAGAAAUUCAUCAGAGCUGCAUUUGUACAUUCUGUAUGAACAGUGACGUGUUUUCGGACCAAACGGUAGCAAAAGAAAAUAGAUCGGACCAUUGCAUCCUUCGGUGCGUGACUAAUAUUUUUUUAUCCCGCUGAGAUGUUCUAAUUUUUUAGACAUGUUUAACACAUCCCAUCAGUAUUUUAUCACAGAGAUCAUGCUGUGCUGCUUUGAUAGUAACUGAUAGCUGCUGUGGAAGGCCUGUGGAAGGACCACAGCUGGAGAAAGUAUAAAACAAAAAUGAAAACGUUUUGGUCACAGGGUCAUUUUCAGCAGAAAGAGGCGGGCCAGAGAUCAAACUGAUAGUGCCUUUACAUUAUUAUUUUAUUACAACAUUAAUGACUUUUGUUUUUUCCUCUUUUUUUUUCUCUGCAUUAAUUUUCCAGAAAUCAAGUUGUCAUUUUUGUUGGGUUUAUUCUUAUGAACUGCAGUUCCUGUUUCUCUACCAUUUCUCACUUUAACAACCUAAACAUAAAUACAUCAUUUGCAAAUUC